AUGUGCUUAUCGAAGCUCCGACUUCUCUUGCUCAAGAACAAAACCCAGCCGUCAGAUGCGUAUCACGAGACAUUUACUAUCUCCGGACAUGAGCCAGUGUUCGUUCCGCUUCUCGAACACUCUCCUGUGAAUAUCUCGCAAACGAUAGAAUACUUGGAAUCGCCAGAGUUCAUGGCUACUGAACGAUUUAUCAUCACGUCACAGCGCGCAGUUGAGGUAUUUCAUGAAUGCCUUGCGCAUAUUUCUCGUACAAACCCGGCAAACGCUGCUCAAAUUCGGCUGAAGAUGGGGUACACAGUAGGGCCAGCUACCGAACAGGUUUUGGUCGAAAACGGCUUUGUCGAUGUUCGAGGAGGAUCGCACGCUGGAAAUGGACUGAAAUUAGCAGAUAUCAUUCUCGACGAACUUGCGGAUAAUGGCGCCAACGAGAAACCUAUCAUAUUUUUCACCGGAGUUAUACGGAAAGACAUCAUUCCAGUAAAACUCAAGGCAAAUGGUGUUGCCAUCAAAGAGGUAGUAAUUUAUAAGACUGAACCCAAGGAUGGGAUCAUUGAAAAUUUCUUACAAUGCUGCGAGGCUCCAGUAGACUGGGUAGUUUUUUUCAGUCCACAAGGAACAGAGGAUAUUGUGCAACAUAUGUACGACACAGCACCAACUGUGCUCAUUGCAAGCAUUGGCCCUACUACAGAGGAAUAUCUUCUUCUGAAGGGAAUUCAGCCACACGUCGUCGCUGCAAAGCCCACUGCUGCAAGCCUAUACAACGGAAUCGCCGAAUGGAUGACGAAACAAUUAUAG